AUGUGGAAAGGAGUCAAAAAAGACCGGGCUAAAUUUUUUUUAUUAAAAGAUUUUAAACCUUUUCAUUUUAGGUUUGUGCUGUAUCGUUGUGAGAAAACAAUUCUAAAGAAAAGAAACCAGCACAACAAAGGCUGCCCAUCCCACUCUACUCUUUCAUACAUCUCAGUUUCUAUACAGACAGAUCCGGUUCAGUACAACAACUUGAAUCACUCCAACACAAUACCUAGAAUCUCCAACGGCAGCGCUAAAACCGGUUUAACCAGUCUCUACAGUCUAUCCAGGAACGGCAGUAUAACAGCUGGAUACCUGCUGCAGCCCCCUCAUCCACGUGCUCAGGAGCACGAGCAUCUCAUGAAGAGAGAUACAGAGCUGGAUCAUUAUAUAAAGCGAGACAUUGAACAGGAACAUCUUCUUAAACGAGAUGAUAUUGAGAUUCAGAGUAGAAGUCUUGUCAUCUGUCAUUCACCGGAGGAUGAGAAUGAUUUUACAGAGAGUGAUACGGGAGCACAGAGUGAAAUUGGUCUUUGUGAGAAAUAUUAAUUUUUAUUAAAAAUUUAAUGUUUCUGUUUUAAAACAGGAGAGGAUAAAAUUGGAACUUAAAAUUGAUAUUUUUCUGAUUUUGAUUGGUCAAUCCUAGACAGUAGACAUAAAUAGACAAAUAUUAUGGUCAUAUUAUCUUUGAAGAAAAAAAUCCACUAAAAAACAUGAUGUAUAUUGUACAUAUACCAUCAACAAUAUACAAUUAAAUCCAUGCUAGAGAUAUCACUUUCCUUCUAUUAGUGCAAUUUUUUUUAAAUGACAUUGUGCUUGUCAACAGCAACGCCGGGUAAGAAAAUGGUUUGAUUUAUUUUAUCUCAGAAUUAAAGCAACAUAUUAUUCUAUUUAUUACCCAGACUUUUAAUUAUAAAAUAUUUUUUGUCUCAACAUAAAAUAAUCGCUUCACAAUUUUGGAUUUCAAAUUUCUCCUCUCAUGAUUCAAUGCAAUAAAGGUUUCCCCUCAUCCUAUGACCCNACCCCC